AUGUCCUCCCCUCCCGCAGAAACAAACACAGUCCUAACAAGUCACCCAUCCUCCGGCAUAACAGUUCUGACAAUCAACCGUCCCACAGCCCGCAACGCCGUCAAUCCAGCCACCGCACUCGCCCUAUACAAAUCCAUCCUCCAAUUCGAACAGGACGCAACACAAAGAAUCCUCAUCCUCAAUGGCGCCAACGGAACUUUUUGCGCUGGCUUCGACCUCAAAUCCGUCGCCCAAAAUUCCUCCUCCAAACCGCAUUAUGACGUCCACGAUGUCCGCGGCACGAUUGCACCGAUGGGACCGUCCAGACUGCGAAUCAGCAAGCCCUGCAUCGUCGCAGUAAGUGGAUAUGCCGUUGCGGGAGGGUUGGAAUUGAGUCUCUUGGGUGAUCUGAGGGUCGUGGAGGAGGGGAGUGUGUUUGGCGUCUUCUGCAGACGAUGGGGAGUCCCACUCAUCGAUGGAGGAACCGUUCGUCUCCAAGCCAUCGUGGGACUAGGCCGCGCCCUCGACAUGAUCCUCACCGGCCGCCCCGUCUCCGCCACCGAAGCGCUCUCCAUGGGUCUCGCGAACCGUAUCGUACCCAAAGGCCAAGCUCUCUCCGAAGCGAUCAAGUUGGCACAGCAACUCGUGCAAUUUCCGCCGAUAUGUAUGAACGCCGAUCGAACGUCAGCAUAUCACGCAGCGUACGACGCAAGGAGUUUCGAGGAGGCGAUGAAAUUCGAAUUCGCGAACGGCGUGGGAGCGACGAAGGCGGAGGGCGUAGAGGGUGCGAGGAGAUUUCGAGAGGGAAAAGGGAGGGGUGGGGACUUUUCGAAGUUGUGA